GACUGAUUUCUAGCCACGGAUAGUCUUUUUAAUCUAGACUACUCACCACCAGUCCAGCAUUAAUAGAACACUUUGAAGAUGAAGGAUUAUUCUUGUGUGACUUAUUCUUGGUGAACGAUCAUUUAACAUAACUUUGUUGUAGAAGUGGAAUGGGUGCCUUUUUUUCUCAAGUUCUCACAAAGAGCUACCAUUCUACCAUUGACAGCUGCAAUUACAAUAGAACAGGUUAUUUUGUAUUUUAAUUUGGCCUUUUUUGGGACUGAAGCAUAGAAGAAUUAGACGAAAGAAGACUUCUGAUGAGCAAUGGGCCAGAAGGAAUGUGAUGACACUUGGAAUGGGACAGAGACAUUGAAUUCCUUAUUUAAUCAAGCGGACUGUACAGAGGAGAAACUCAAAGCUGAAGACAGGGGGCAGUGGAGCAACAAGGUGGAGUUUAUUCUAUCUGCUGCUGGGACAAUAAUUGGGUUAGGAAAUGUCUGGAGAUUUCCUUAUCUCUGCUACAAAAAUGGAGGCGGAGCCUUCCUCAUUCCAUAUCUCAUAUUCUUCUUUACCUGUGGAAUCCCUGUCUUCUUCCUGGAGACAGCUCUGGGUCAGUACACCAGUCAAGGUGGGAUCACAGCAUGGAGGAAAAUAUGCCCUCUGUUUGAAGGUAUUGGAUAUGCCUCUCAGGUGAUAGUGUGCUAUUUCAUUGUCUAUUACAUUGUUAUCCUAACGUGGGCUAUAUUUUACUUCAUCAACUCCUUCUCAUCUGAGCUUCCUUGGGCCAGCUGUAACCACACCUGGAACACAGAGCAUUGUGUUGAUAUCAUCGGAAAAUCGAAAAACUUGACAUUUCCAUCAAAUGCUACAUCCCCAGUUGUGGAAUUUUGGGAAAACCGAGCUCUGGGGCUAUCUGAUGGGAUUGAGCAUAUUGGCACUGUUCGUUGGGACUUGGCAUUGUGUUUGCUGUUGGCCUGGAUCAUCUGUUACUUUUGUAUCUGGAAAGGAGUCAAGUCUACUGGGAAGAUUGUAUAUUUUACAGCUACCUUUCCAUACUUGAUGCUUAUUAUCCUGCUUAUUCGUGGGAUCACACUGCCUGGGGCAUAUGAUGGGAUUGUAUUUUAUCUGCAGCCAGACAUCAGCAGGCUCAGAGAUCCUCAGGUGUGGAUGGAUGCAGGGACUCAGAUCUUUUUCUCAUAUGCCAUGUGCCAAGGCUGUCUGACCGCACUGGGGAGUUACAACAAAUAUAACAACAACUGCUACAGAGACUGCAUUGCACUCUGUUGUCUGAACAGUCUCACCAGUUUUGUGGCUGGAUUUGCUGUAUUCUCUGUUUUGGGUUUCAUGGCAUGGGAGCAAGGGGUCCACAUAGCUGAUGUUGCUGCAUCUGGUCCCGGCUUAGCAUUUAUUGCCUAUCCAAAAGCUGUGACAAUGAUGCCGGCCUCCCCACUGUGGUCCUGUCUUUUCUUUCUUAUGCUCAUAUUUUUGGGCCUGGACAGUCAGUUUGUGGGUGUGGAAAGCCUGCUUACAGCUAUCAUAGACAUGUAUCCUGACAUGUUCAGGAAGAAGUUCCGCAGAGAAUUCCUGCUUUUGGGGAUCACAGUAACUUGCUUCCUGCUGGGCCUGAUACUUGUGACUGAGGGUGGGAUGUAUGUCUUCCAGCUAUUUGAUUAUUAUGCAGCGAGUGGGACCUGCCUGCUCUUUAUUGCUAUCUUUCAGGUGGUCUGUGUGGGCUGGGUAUAUGGAGCUGGCCGGUUCUAUGACAAUGUGGAGGACAUGAUUGGCUAUCGACCCUGGCCCUUGGUGAAGAUCUGCUGGCAAAUAGUCACCCCAGUAAUUUGCCUGGGCACUUUCGUGUUCUCCUUGAUCGAAUACACUCCCCUGAUGUACAAUAACCACUAUAAGUACCCUGCCUGGGGAUAUUCCAUUGGUUGGCUUAUGGCUCUUUCCUCAAUUAUUUGUAUCCCGCUGUAUGCUAUCUACAUCGUACUGGUCACCAAAGGUCCAUUCCUGAAGAGGCUGAAGAAGCUCAUCACCCCUAAUGUUGCCCUCCCUCCACCCAAGAUGUACAUCUCAGAGCACAGCAACACAAGCAAAAUUUAUUUAUCAAGUGUGGAAGCUAAGGAUGGACUUAACGAUAUGAACAAAGAAACUCACUGCUGAUGCAAAAUAUGUCUUCUGCAUCCUGGGACCAACUU